AAAAAGAAGAGUUGAAAGUAGCUUGAAAUUUGUAGAAAGGCAAUUACUCUAGAAACGUGGUAGACUUUACAUUUGUCAAAAAACUCAAUUGUCUCUUCAUCCUUUGUUCUUCUAAAAGCUUAGGAAAAGCCAACACAAAUAAUCAACCAGCUUGACGAAUACGACACGUCGUUCAAUGAAAGUUUUAAUAAAUAAGAGGUGGAAAAUUGACCAUUCCUUGUUUUUUUUUUUUUUUUCUCUCCUCUGAUAUUUUCCAAAGUCCCUCCCCUAAUCUGAAUUCCCAAUUUCAGACUGAUAUUUGAGAAAGAAGAAGAAAAUUAUUGAGCCCACCAUGAAAGAGCCAUCCAUCCACCCACAAGCUUUCAAAUUUGCCAUUUUCUGUUUGUUAGCUUGCUUCUGGAGAAGAUCCCAUCUUCUUCUGUAUCUAUUUCGAGAACAACUGCAACUGCAGCCACGAAUCCAACGAUUUUUUGCUUGUUUCACAAAGACCAAAAACUUGUCUGGUUUGAAUUUUGAUCUUUCACAUUAAUGUGGGAUCUAAUUUGGUCUCCAUCAUAAGGUGGUUGAGACAAUUCAAUUGGUGACCAAAAAGUUUGCUUCUUAUCAAUGUUCCAAACAGAUCAAACUUCAGAACAUGCAGUCUCCUUGUAUUAGAGAGGCCUCACAGGCAUGCCUUCAGGGCUGCUGUCGUCCUCCGUUUCUCGGUCUUCUCGAUUCUUCUCAGCCUGCAUUUUGCAGGUCUUCUGCUGCCACAACUCCUGCAUAUGUUUUUCUUGUAGCAACAGAGACGUCUCUUCACCCAAAUGCUCGAUUCUGCAACCAUGAAUCUAUUCCUUCUCUAAAGGAUGCGUUUACCUACUUCAUUAGAGCAUAUCCUUUGUACUCCGAGACACAGCAGAUCGAUCAAAUCAGAGCAGACGAAUAUAAUCAUCUUGCUCUCGCCAAACAUGUCUGUCUCGAUUACAAUGGCCACUGUCUCUUUUCCUAUGCUCAACAGCAGAGUCCAACUACUUCUUCUUAUUCUCCAUCAGGUUCCCCUUCUCAGUUUCUGCGUUGCCCGGGAUCGCCAUUCUUCAACAUCUCCCACAGAUCAGUGAAACCAAAUCUCCAGGUGGGACAGGGUGGCCGAGAAUCAGAAUUUGAGUCCAGAAUCAGGAGCAGAAUCAUGAAGUUUAUGAACUUAUCAGAAGAUGAUUAUGCUAUGGUGUUCACAGCCAAUCAAUCGUCAGCCUUCAAACUUCUAGCAGACACUUACCCUUUUCAGCACAACAAAAAUUUGCUCACAGUUUAUGAUCACAAGAGUGAGGCAGUUGAAUUGAUGGUUGAAAGUUCCAAGAAGAAAGGAGCAAAAAUCAGCUCCGCUGAGUUCUUGUGGCCAAAUCUAGCCAUCUCUUCGGGAAAAUUAAGAAGACUAAUCGUCAAUAAGAGAAGGAAGAAGAGGAAGAUGAAGAAAAGAGGGCUAUUCGUUUUCCCUCUUCAGUCGAGAAUAACAGGAACUCCAUAUUCAUAUCAAUGGCUGAACAUAGCUCGAGAAAAUGAGUGGGACGUCUGCCUCGAUACAUGUGCACUUGGACCAAAAGACAUGGAAACUUUAGGCCUCUCUCUCUUCAAGCCAGAAUUUCUAAUUUCUUCUUUCUACAAAGUUUUUGGCGAAAACCCAUCAGGGUUUGGCUGUUUGUUCAUCAAGAAAUCCAAUGUUUCAGUCAUGGAGGAUCUAAUUGCUUCCCCUGCAAAUAUUGGUAUUAUAAGCCUAAUCUCAACAUUACAAUCAGUUCCAUUGCCAGAAGAACCAGAGACCCCAGAAAUCAAAACCGAACGAAUUGAGUCAUCAACUUCACCUGAAAUCGUGGAAGCCUCUGAAAUUGAAGAGGAAGAGCUCUCUUUCACAGGACUCGUCACGCCCUUCGAAUCGGCUCGAUCGACAAACACAGAAAUGGGAAUAAGCAGAAGCCCAAAGCUGCACUGUAGAGGGUUGGACCACGCAGAUUCAGUAGGUUUAAGACUGAUAAGUGUUAGGGCAAGGUACCUGAUCAACUGGCUCACAAAUGCGUUGACGAAUCUUGAGCACCCAAACGCAGAGGAGGGGCAAGCCCUAGUCCGAAUCUACGGCCCGAAAAUCGAAGUUAACCGAGGGCCGGCGGUGGCAUUCAACAUAUUCGACUGGAAAGGGGAAAAAAUCGAUCCAGGGCUGGUGCAGAAGCUGGGGGAUCGGAGCAAUAUUUCGCUGAGCCAUGGGUAUCUGGACCACGUAAGUUUCUGGGACAAGAACGAGGAGGAAAUGGAGGUGAGAAAAGAGAGAGCGGAAGAGGAAGGUGAAAGAAUCGAUAGAAGGGAGAGACGACAUUGUUGGAUAUCGGUGGUGACGGCUGCUCUUGGAUUUUUGACGAAUUUCGAAGACGUUUACAGGCUUUGGGCGUUCGUUUCCAGAUUUUUGGAUGCAGAUUUUGUUGAGAAAGAGCGAUGGAGAUAUAUGGCUCUUAGUCAGAAGACGAUUGAAGUUUAAAAAUAUGUGAAAAUUAAAUGAAACCCCUUUUUUUUCUCCCUUUUAUUUUCACUUUUCAUUUUUGUAUCAAAGACAUUUUUUGGAAUAUUAAGAGAUGCAGAUUC